AUGAAAUACUUUGUAGUUCUGUCAUUAUUCUGUCUCAUUCUUGUGACUGUCAAAGCAAAUCCAUAUAUGGAUAGUGAUUUAAUGCUAGGUGAUGAUGAGCUUGGUUACUCGGAAGGAGUCAACUAUCUUGAUGAAUUGAUGGCUCCAGCAGAGAAACGCUCUUCCAUGAUUUAUGUUUUUAGGCGAGCAUGCAUCAGACGUUCGGGAAAUUGUGAUCAUCGGCCCAACGGAUGUUGUGCAAAUUCUUCAUGUCGUUGCAAUCUUUGGGGAUCUAAUUGCCGAUGUCAACGAAUGGGAUUGUUCCAGAAAUGGGGAAAAUAA